UAAAAGCGCAAUUACAAAACUGACUUGUUCUAAAACUAUUUAAACCUAACCUAGGGAUGAAAUGAGGUGACAACUUCAUGAGAAUCAAACACUUUGAAUUAAUCAUCCUUAAAUAUAUACAAGAAAAAUUGCAACGAAAGAUACAAGGUGGCAGUUUCAUGAGAAUCUUUAAUUUCUUAACCUAAUGAUCAAUGGAGGUUUAGGCCCCAAAAUUGUGGUCUAGAUCUUGUGAUUUAAAAAUGGCAAGAUCAUGAAUCAUGUCCAUGAUGUAGAAUCCUUUUUUUUUAAUCAAGGAAAGAAAAUCUUUUAAUAAAUCUCUCCUAUGACUAUGACUGGUAGUUAAUGCAACUCUCUCUCUCUCUCACUCUCUGGUCUUCAAUUAUAACUGAGUUUCUAUAUAAAAGCAUGUUUAUACUACAAAAGACCAAGAUGGAUUAUUUCUUGGCCGCGUAUACACUGACCACUUUAGUACGUCUCCAUAGCCAUUUCAUUCAAAUUUUCAUGAAAACGCUUUUGUGGGGUUUGAGUCUCGCAGGACUCAUUCUCUUCAACAUUCUUGCAAAUGGGGAAAUGAGUUUUGAUAAAAUGGACAUGUUCAACGAUUUCAAUGGAACAAAUGCAAAUGUCCUGAUGGUAGGACUCACUCUCGUCCAAGCCGCUGCUGCUAAAGGAGCGGUGUGUCUGGAUGGGUCAGUGCCUGGAUAUCAUUUGUAUCGCGGGUAUGGUUCAGGAGCUAACAACUGGAUCAUUCAGUUGCAGGGAGGUGCAUGGUGUGACAGCAUACAAAAUUGUCAGAACCGUAAAAGGAGUGGUUAUGGAUCAUCUACCUUAAUGGAGAAAGAGGUGGCGUUUUUAGGAUUACUAAGCAAUAAAGCGGCUGAAAAUCCAGACUUUUACAAUUGGAACAAAGUAAAAGUCCGGUAUUGUGAUGGUGCAUCCUUUGGCGGUGAUAGCGAAAACAAGGCGGCGCAACUUCAGUUUAGAGGAAAGCGUAUAUUUUUAGCUGUCAUGGAAGAUUUGAUGGCACAGGGAAUGCGUCAGGCAAAACAGGCUUUGCUCAACGGAUGUUCUGCCGGGGGUCUUUCAGCGAUUUUACGAUGCGAUGAUUUCAGUAAUUUGUUUCCUCCUACCACCAAAGUAAAAUGCAUGAGCGAUGCUGGCUUCUUCCUCGACGCCGUUGAUGUAUCUGGAGGUCAUUCUUUAAGGCGUAUGUAUUCUGGUGUCGUGAACACUCAGGGUUUGCAAAACACUCUUCCUCCCACUUGUACAAGCCAUAUUAAACCAACUUUGUGUUUUUUCCCUCAAUACAUAAUCAACCAAGUCAAGACCCCGUUGUUUAUUCUCAACUCGGGAUUUGAUUCGUGGCAGAUUGGAAAUAGUUUAGCUCCACCAUCUGCUGAUCCAAAUGGUAGUUGGCGUAACUGCAGCUCCAGCUUCAGGUGCACUGCCUCUCAGAAGCAGUUCUUGGAUGGUUUCAAGAUGAGCAUGUUAAAUGCGGUGAAGACCUUUUCCAAGUUUAGCAAGAACGGAGUGUUAAUUACCUCUGGAUGGGCUCAUUGUCAAGCGGAGAGACAAGAUACUUGGUUUCCUGGAAACUCUGGUGCGGGUAAAGUUAAGGGGAUUGCUGUGGCUGUUGGAGAUUGGUAUUUCGAAAGAAUAAAAAAGAAAAGCUCAUAGACUAUGAGUAUACUUGUGACAUUAAUGAACAAGAUACGUCAUUAUGAAAUGUUUUUCUUACUUCGUUAUACUCCCAUCAACUAAGUUUAGGUUUUAAUACAAAGCAGAGAAGAAAUAUACAUGCAUUUGUAUCAUUGUCCUUAUCAAUCAAUCAUAUUGUCAUAAACAUCCAAA